CGCGCUCCCCCCGGAAGUGCAGGACCGGACUUCCGGUGGGCUCUGGGCGUCCGCGCGAGGCGGCGGCGGCGGCGGCUGCUGUGAGGAGGCGGUGGCGGCUCCCACCGUAACGUUCCCUGACGAAGCGCAUCUGCGAGGCGGAGGCGUCCACCAUGUUCUCCUUCAACAUGUUUGACCACCCGAUUCCCCGGGUCUUCCAGAACCGCUUCUCCACGCAGUACCGCUGCUUCUCCGUGUCCAUGCUCGCGGGGCCUAAUGACAGGUCAGAUGUGGAGAAAGGAGGGAAGAUAAUUAUGCCACCCUCAGCCCUCGACCAACUCAGCCGACUUAACAUCACCUACCCCAUGCUGUUCAAACUGACCAACAAGAACUCGGACCGCAUGACACACUGUGGCGUGCUGGAGUUUGUGGCUGACGAGGGCAUCUGCUACCUCCCGCACUGGAUGAUGCAGAACCUGCUGCUGGAGGAGGGGGGCCUGGUUCAGGUAGAGAGCGUCAACCUGCAGGUAGCCACGUACUCCAAGUUCCAGCCCCAGAGCCCCGACUUCCUGGACAUCACCAACCCCAAGGCUGUGUUAGAAAACGCAUUGAGAAACUUUGCGUGUCUGACCACCGGGGAUGUGAUUGCCAUCAACUACAAUGAGAAGAUCUAUGAGCUGCGGGUGAUGGAGACUAAGCCUGACAGGGCUGUGUCCAUCAUCGAGUGUGACAUGAACGUGGACUUCGAUGCUCCACUGGGCUACAAGGAGCCGGAGAGACAAGCCCAGCAUGAGGAGGCAGCCGAAGGUGAAGCUGACCACAGCAGCUAUGCUGGGGAGCUGGGCUUCCGCGCCUUCUCCGGCUCCGGGAAUAGACUGGAUGGGAAGAAGAAGGGUGUAGAGCCCAGCCCCUCCCCAAUCAAGCCCGGAGACAUCAAGAGAGGAAUUCCCAACUAUGAAUUUAAACUUGGUAAGAUCACGUUCAUCAGAAAUUCACGUCCACUGGUCAAAAAGGUUGAAGAGGAUGACGCUGGAGGCAGAUUCGUCGCUUUCUCUGGAGAAGGACAGUCUCUGCGUAAAAAGGGAAGAAAGCCAUAGGUUGGGACCAUUGGCUGAUUGGAAAAUAAAAUAAUUGCAACAUGCUGGCUUUUAGUUACUGGCUCUGACAGGGACACUCUGUCACUUUAGGUCUGUUUAGAGUUACCUAAGAAUUACCAGGUUUCACCUGCAAGUGGACAGCAGGACAGCAGUUUGUGUGCGUGAUUUGGGGAAAGAGGAGGCCGUCUCUGAGAUCCCUUACUCACGCUCCUUGCUUUCAGCCCUCGGGGCAUGCCCACAGCCUCAGCUGGAGCAGAGUUCCCUGAUUCCCGCUAAAAACCAGUGAAGGGAUUGAAUUGCUCUAAGUUGUGGUGGUCUUUCUCUUUUUUUCAUUUAUCUUUUCUUUCUCCAGGUCAUAGCUUAGCUGUUGCCUUUGACCUGGAAAAAAGUGGUUUAAACAGAUAAGUGCUCUAUAAAUAGUGGUCAUCCCAUUACUCUGGCUGCAAUUUAAGUAUUUGAGGAAGGGUGUUUCCAUUUUUAUUUUACAUAUUGAUUUUUCCCCCCAAGAAACCAUUCCUCAGAAGGAAAACUCGACCUGAAAGCAUUUCUAACUUUGAUUUCAUUUGGAAAUAACUGGCUCCUUAAUGAAUCUGUUCUACUGUAAAACAACUUUGUGGUGAAGCACAAAUGUGAUUAUUAGAAUAAAUGAAAGCUAAAGAUACGUUCUUUCUCCUUUCCUACCCCCCACUCCCAGUUUUAAUGUAUUAAAUUUUCCAAAGUUCUGCUGGCCUGUCUUUAUUUUUUUUACUAGUAUUAAUUUAGUUUCAGGUCUUCAAUUUCUAUAAUAUGAGCUCUUUCGACAUGUUAAUUCAAUUAUUUUCCUCUCUUUGAAAACAAUUCUAAAUCAAGAAUUUCAAAUAAAAACAGGCAGUGACUAAAACCUGAA